AACGGACGAGAGUGGUAGCUCAGCAGCUCCUGCUUCUGUAUCAUCGCAACGUCUCACGGAUUGGCGCUCUUUGGGGGAAAACCCGCGUGUCUUGUGUGACAAAUUUCCAGACCGCAGCUGUUCCCUUGCACCCAAACUCAAGCUAAAAACCCACAGAGUUCUCAGACAGUGAAUCAGCAUCGCGAACUAAGUGUGGCAUCCUGUUGAUGGUGAAGCAAGGAUAAGUGACGUGAAGUGUUUGAAGAAAGGAUAAAGUGAUCCGUGAUCCAGUUCCCGAAGAUGGCAACGGACAGAACCGUCGAUCCAACCUACGCCAAGAUCGCCACGGCCGGACUCUCUGCACUCUUUCUCAAAGGUGCCUCAAUGUCAUCACUAAUGGACCGCGACGCGGGCUUUUGCUCAGGUAGUUCUGAAAUUGAGGACGAAACUGAUCAUGCUCAGGCGCCGCAGAGCCCAACUGAUGCGUCCGAAGACUCAGUAGAAGUUAAAGUCACUCCUAUUUGCCUGCCCAAGAACAAAAGAAAGAGCUCUGAGCCUCUGCGCUGUGUGGCAGAGUCAGAGUUGGGUCCGAUCAAGAAGAGGAUCCGCUAUGAGGAGAAGAUGAAGACGGCGGAGGUGAAAACAGAGUCAAAGAAUCCCUUCCGGCCAUGGGCCUCGGUGGCGGCAAAUGGACUGCCUCCGUGUCCUGUGGAUCCAGCUGAAAUCUUCCGAAGACAUCCCGCCGUGACCACUCUGCACAGACUGCCGCAGAGUGAUGACGAUCAGGUGGAACCUCUCGCCCUGGUGGCAAAGAAGAAGCCAGAGACAGUCGUCACACCAAUUCCGGCUCAGAGGAUCAAAGAAGAAGAGGUUGAAGAUCAGGGAUCUGGCGAUUUUCCAGUGCGACCCGGUGGAAGUCGGCCGUCGCAGGCGCAGCAGAGGAAUUACAAGAAUAUGACGCGCGAGAGGCGAAUCGAGGCAAACGCACGCGAAAGGACGCGCGUGCACACGAUCUCGGCCGCUUUCGACACACUCAGACGUGCCAUUCCCUCCUACUCCCACACGCAGAAGCUGUCCAAGCUGUCCGUGCUCAGGAUAGCCUGCUCCUACAUCCUGACCCUGAGCCGGGUGGCGGGAAUGGACUACAGCCAGGACGCUUCGGCGCCGUCCAUUGACGAGUGCGUGGAUCUCGUCACGAAGACCAUCCAGACAGAGGGGAAGCUGAGGAAGAAGAAGGACGAGUAAGGAUCCGAUGAAGUAACAACUUGUGACAAUAAUCGGUGCUCACUUUGGAGUAAAGUUAACUCAAUAUUCUGAAAAACUUCUUGACAAUACAAUUAAUUGCAAGGCUCGGAUUCAGUUACACGUCACUGUUUUUAAUUAAUCUUGGGAGCUGAGGUGGAGACAGAAAACCACUGAAUGUCCACAGAGAUAGAGAGAGAGAAAGACAGACUAUGAUGAAUGAUAGUCACGUUUCCAUUUUCUCACAAAUUUCGCUACUCAGUAAAAUAAUUUCCAAUUUAAAGUAUUAAGAUGUCAUUUCACAGGUUGGAUCACGAAAUAUUUCGCAAAAACUGAUGGAAACGCCUGACUUGAGGAGUCUGUGCUCUUUUCGAAAAAAUGUAUUAAUAGUCCAAGUACAAAUUAAUUUCUAAGUUUUUUGUCAUUUGGUCAUUUUAUCACAACAUCGUGCCAUUUUUAUUCUGUUGAUCUAUUAUAUUAUUUUGUGAAUUAUUUUAUAACCUUCGCAUUGUCCCUCCAUUACUUUGAUGUUUGGUUUUUAUUUCUUCUUUUCUUUUGGUAUGAGAUAAUUAUAUUUGAGAAUGUUGCAAAAUGUUACUCAGCUGAAAGUUAUGCUUGAUGUGAGGAAAGUGUGUGGAAAGAUGUCAUGUACAGAGUAAAAUCGUGUAAAUAGAUUCUUUUAAUUCAGUCGCAUAGAUUUUUAUGGUGUAUCCGUUGAAUAUUAAGAAGUCUUACUGUAUAAAAACAAUUAAUUAAUAUUCUUGUGGAUGGAGAUUGUGAAGAAGUAGAGUUUGUAGAUUGCGCGAUAAGUAAUUUAUGACGAUGAAAGAGAUAUGAUCGCCAACAUUUUUGUGAUAAAAUUUGCCUAAAAAUAAAUGAUGGAAAAAUCUUA